ACAAAGAAUUGAUUUCUGACAUGUCUUCAUACUAUGAAAGAUGUACUCCCAUUGAACAACAGGAAUACUGUUCCAGUUUAGAAGCAUUACUUAACAAACUUCUUGUAGAAGGGAAAACUAAUAUUAAUAAAAUUAUUGAUGCUAUUAAACAGUUAGAUCAAGGAAUUGAUAAUGAAGAAACAUUAUUAGCUUAUAAUAUUGGUUCAGAAGAGAUCCUUGAACUUUUAUAUGAAAUGCAACAAGACACUGUAGAAGAUUUGAGACAUAUAGAUAAUGAGCAAAUGUAUGUUCAACAAGGUGAAGAGAUGCCAGAAUCACAAG